AUGGCUCCUGCGGCGGACAGGCAGGGUUACUGGGGCGCUCCGACCUCGACGCUGGACUGGUGUGAGGAGAACUAUGUCGUGUCUUAUUAUAUCGCGGAAUUCUGGAACACAGUCAGUAACCUGAUAAUGAUCCUUCCUCCUAUUUAUGGGGCGUUACAGACAUUUAAAAAUGGACUCGAGGUCCGUUACGUGUUGUCCUUUUUAGGACUCGCGGCUGUUGGCGUUGGUUCUUGGUGCUUCCACAUGACAUUACAGUAUGAAAUGCAGCUGCUCGACGAGCUGCCGAUGAUCUACAGCUGCUGUGUCUUCGUUUACUGCUUAUACGAAUGCUUCAAGCAAGAAAAUGCAGUACACUGUUUGCCAAUCGCACUUCUCCUAUUCUUCAGUAUUACAGUCAGUGUGGUGUAUUUGCAGUGGAAGGAGCCGGUGUUUCAUCAGGUCAUGUAUGCAGUCCUGGUGGCUUUCUUAGUGUUUCGAUCAGUUUUCAUAGUCACAUGGGUAUAUCCAUGGCUGAGGACUCUCUGCUACACGUCUUUAUCCGUCUUCCUGUUAGGAUUUCUUCUAUGGAACAUUGACAAUGUAGUCUGUGACACCUUAAGAGCCACGCGAAAGAGGCUGCCCCCUGUAGUCGGAGCGGUGACGCAGCUCCACGCGUGGUGGCACAUUCUGACGGGGCUCGGCUCCUACCUGCACAUACUCCUCAGCCUCCAGAUUCGGACAACCUACCUCAAGUACAGACCGAGAGUAAAGUUACUCUGUGGCGUCUGGCCCGUCCUGCACUUCGAGUCCCAGAAGACAAGUUGAAGAUGCGGUGGAGGGGACGCACACGCGGGUGGAUCACAAAGCUCGGACUUUGUGAAGCCCAGAGUCUCACCCCCAGUCCAAUCGGGCUGAAAUGAGCAGCAGCUGGACGUGUACCCACAAUCCCUUGCUUCAGUUUUCUGGAGAAACUUCCCCCUGUUUUUGGAAACGGCUCUGGUUGUGUUGAUUAAUCAACGAGUAGACCAGAGCUUUGUGGAAGGAGACAGCACACAUGCUUUAUUUCUGUCCUGACAUACGUUACUAUCCGCCUUCGCACACACUCACAAAAGACGAAACCAUGCAUUCACACUAGUGACUAAACUAGUGUGCUGCUUUUCUUCAUGCGUGAGAGAUUCAAGUUUAUAUCCAGAAAUAAAAAAUAGAAAAAGUAAGCAAGCCCUAAUUCAAAGCUUAGCAUGUAACAUGUAAAACAAAUUUAAACUCAUUUUAAUAAAAAGCAGCAUCUUUCAUGAUCAUAUUUUAUCAGACUUCUCGCACACUAGUGUAAACUUGGAUUCGAUGUGUAGCGGAUGGAGAUGUCAGUUUGUAAUUUUUUGUUUAACAUAUAUCUACAAAGGAAUGUAACAGCUUUAUUAAUAUCGAUUAUAAAUCAUAUUUACUCAUUACUCAACUAUUCACUGAUAUAUUUCAGCUCUAUUGCAUCAGCCUGCCAGGUCGCUCGCUCUCUUUUAAAAAUUAUAAAUGGUCUUUUGUUAUAUCGCCGUCUCCAUAAUUUUAGCUGAAACUAUCUUUAAUCAUUAAUGAGAUCAAAAAAAAAAAAAAAAAAUCACAUCGAAAACUGGAAAUCAACCGGAACUGAUUGUAAUUUAAAAAAAAUUAGUAAUAGUGAUUUAUUUUUAUUUGGAUUUUUUUUUUUGAGUUCUGGAUCUUCGUCAUGAAAGGAAUUGACUGAAUGCAUUUGAUUUCACAUUGUGCAGAAAUACUGUAAGCUACUUUUAGCAAUGUGUAAAUUUUCUUUUGUAAUGAAUGUAAGGACUUUUGUUUUAUUUUAAUUAAGGAUGCAUCAAUUAUGGAUAUACACUACCGCUUAAAAGUUUGGGAUCAAUUGCAAAUUUCUUAGUUUUUGUUUAGUGAUUUAUUUUCUACAUCAUACAACAAUACUGGAGAUUUCAACUAUGAAAUAACACUGUGGCAUUAGGUAAUUAAGUACCUAAUGUUAUUUUAAGACACGGAGGACAGACUUUCUGGAGCAGUUCUUGCAAGUACAGUAUUCUGUUGAGUACGUUUGCAAAACCCAUUAAAAACCAUGAUGAAACUGUCUCUUAUGAAGACCUUUACAGGAAAUCAAGACCAAAACUGACCUCUGCUGCAGAGAAGACGUUUAUUUAGAGUCACCAGCCUCAGAAAUCACCAUAACCUCAAACAGCACCUCAGAUUGGAGCCGUUAUUAAGGAUUUACAAAUCAUAAGUAGCAGAUACAUCUCAGUAUCAACUGUUUAAAGGAGAUUAUUGUGUAUUUUGGAUAAACGCCUUCAGAGUUUUUUUACAGAGUGUAAAAAGAAAUAAAAAAUCAGAAGUUAGAAAGUGAUCCUAAACAUUUGAGCAGUAGUGUACGUAUCGUGUGCCAGUGAGAUAGAGGUUUAUUAAGUCGUGAAUUGUGUCUUAUAAAGAUUUUCACGUGAGAGCACUUCAUCUCUGCAAGCACUGAGACAUGCCUACUUUCCCCUCGUUCAUCAGCAUUUACAAUGUGGUCGAGUUAGAGAUUGAUUACCGAGAUUGUUAACAUUUUUAACUUUAAAAUCAGCACGAUGAAAACAAACAUUAACGAUGCAUCCCUGAUUUUAGUGAAUGAUUUUUAUUAUUUUUUUGGUCAAUCUGUUGUUGUUUUUUCUCUGAUUGUUAUUAUAAUCUUUAAUUUAUGUAUGCUACUGGAUAUGAAGAAUAAUUAGAGGUUUUUAAUCUUCCUUGUGAGGCAAGAAAAUGUUUUAUGAAGGAAUGACUGUAAUCACAGGCUAAUCAAGGAUUUUUCAAUUUCAUAAUUAUGAUAAACUCUACUUUAAGUAAAUUAUUUAAAUUUGGAAGGUAAUUUAGGUAAAAAACAAACAAACCACAAAAACAUUUGUUAUUUCUAUUUCUUGAUCCAACUUAAGCUGCGUGUUUAAAGGGAAUUCGAUUCAUCUCACUUUCCUCAUUCAAAGGCACUAACUGCACCAGAGCCUGUUUGUAUAUGAGGCUCCCGUCUUACGUCCUCAGAUAUCACGUUCAGUUACUUGAACUAUCAGAAAUUGUAAAUAGAGAUAUAUAAUGUCUAGGUUUU